CCUCCCCUUUGUCCGCCCGGGCCCGCCCGCCGCCGAGCUCCCGGUCCCCGGGCCGGCUGCCCGCGGCGCUCGGUGCCGGCAGGGCGCGCAGGGGGCGGGGGCCGCGGCUCGCCCCCCGCCGAUGAGCCGCCGCGGAGCGCGGGCGGACGAUGGAACUCCACAUCCUGGAGCACCGGCUGCAAGUUGCCAGCGUCGCCAAGGAGAGUAUCCCGCUCUUCACCUACGGCCUGAUCAAACUUGCCUUCCUGUCCUCCAAGACCAGGUGCAAGUUCUUCAGUCUGACUGAGACGCCGGAGGACUACACCAUCAUCGUUGACGAGGAAGGGUUCCUGGAGCUGCCCUCCUCGGAGCACCUGAGCGUGGCAGAUGCCACCUGGCUGGCCCUCAACGUGGUGUCAGGCGGCGGCAGCUUUUCCAGCUCCCAGCCCAUCGGCGUGACCAAAAUCGCCAAGUCGGUCAUCGCCCCACUGGCCGACCAGAACAUCUCCGUGUUCAUGCUGUCCACCUACCAGACGGACUUCAUCCUGGUGCGUGAGCGGGACCUGCCCUUCGUCACCCACACCUUGUCAUCAGAGUUCACCAUCCUGCGGGUUGUCAAUGGCGAGACAGUGGCAGCUGAGAACCUUGGCAUCACCAACGGCUUCGUGAAGCCCAAGAUGGUCCAGAGGCCUGUCAUCCACCCCCUGUCCAGCCCAAGCAACAGGUUCUGUGUCACCAGCCUGGACCCCGACACGCUUCCUGCGGUGGCCACACUCCUCAUGGAUGUCAUGUUCUACUCCAACGGAGUGAAGGACCCAAUGGCUGCCGGCGACGACUGCGGCCACAUCCGCUUCUUCUCCUUCUCCCUUAUUGAGGGGUACAUCUCCCUGGUGAUGGACGUGCAGACCCAGCAGAGGUUUCCUAGUAAUUUGUUGUUCACAAGCGCAUCUGGAGAGCUCUGGAAGAUGGUGCGAAUUGGAGGACAGCCCCUGGGAUUCGAUGAGUGUGGCAUCGUGGCCCAGAUCUCCGAGCCCUUGGCUGCUGCAGACAUCCCUGCCUACUACAUCAGUACUUUCAAGUUCGACCACGCACUGGUACCAGAAGAAAACAUCAAUGGCGUCAUCAGCGCCCUGAAAGUCAGCCAAGCAGAGAAGCAUUAGAAGGGCCUCUGCCACGCCUCCCCGUCUGCGCUCCCGGCCUGGGCCCAGCCCCACCUGAAGAUUCUUACAGUAUUUCAACAGACUGGAAAAUCAGCCCCAGGGCCCCCGAAGAAGGGGCCUAGGAGACACCCCCAAUUGCUGACUCUAUCAGGCCUGGAGCCCAAGCCAAGUUCUCUCCAUGUCCUCUUGCCUUCCUAGAGCUCCCAGACCCUCCCGAGAACCCCCCAUUUCCUCCCCCCACCCCCACUCCAGAAAAUUCUGUCUGAGGCCCAGGGAGCUUGUGUGCUGACCCUUCUCCUCAUCCGGUCAUGCCCACAGCUGGGGGCAGACACCGAAGUAAGCUGGUGCCUCCUGUAAGACACUGAGGUACCCAUUUGCAUGUCAUCCUGGGGGACAGGCCGAGUGGGGCUGAGUUCAUGGAGCCUGGGAAGGAUCCCAUGAGGGCGUGAAGCCGGACGCUGUGGUUGCUGGUCUCAGGGUCCAUCAGCUCAGGGCUGGUUCCCGGAGUGGAGGCCAGUGAGCAGCCCAUGAGGAUACAGGGGGCAGGGGUGAGGCCCCGAACUGUGAGGCCCCACCCACAGGGCCUGGGCCCCAACUCCCAGCAAGACUGCCAGGGGGGCCUUGUCCAGACCCUCCCCACCACAAGCACUCACUCCUGGGGGUGCGCUUCCCAGGGCGCGAGCUCCUGUCCCUUCUACUUGCCCUGGACCCUACUCAGGCAGGCAGAGCCUUGGUUUCCCCCCAGUGGGGGCACCCCCAGCGUCCUGGGCCUGGGGUUUCUUAGGCCCCCCCCCAACAGUUGACUAGACCAGCACAGGGCUCCCUCGUCAUCCUGCCUCCCUCCCUUGCCCCACUUUGGGGGACAUGGAAGGCCUCGGCCCCAACUCACCUGCCCGCCCACCCCUCAGCCUGGGACUGUGGCAUUCAUGAGUACUUGACCUGGGAGGCAGCUUAUCUGAGCCUUAAUAGAGAAAACCGUACCUUGUUUUAGUUCCUUAUUUAAUGUAUUUGCGUCCAGGCUGCGUUGGCAGCAGUUUCAGGAGAUAGGGCCUACUGAGUUCUGUUGGGGGGCCCAGGGGCUCAGCGUUACUUGGCUGGUGCCCCGUGGCUCCAGGAGCAAGUAUGAGAACUAGGGGCCUUGGCCCCCUCUUUGGAGCAGGAAGCUAGGAGCAGAGGUCUGUUACAGGACAGGGGCCCCCGGUGCACCUCACUCAGGGCUGUCAGCCAGGCCCCCUGACAGGUACCCAGGAAGCCGUGCUCCCAUCUGAGCAUCAGAAGGGACCUGAGGGCCACUGGGAGGUGGACAGCCAGGCCGAGGUGGGCUUGUCCCCCUGGAGCUUCCCAGGGAGGAUGGGGUGAGCGUCUGUGCCGCCUCUUUAGCUGGGGGUGCUUUCUGAGUGCCCAGGGCCCGCUGUGGCCCGUGCCCCUCCUGCUGCUCUUUCUUGGGCAGCAGCUGACUUGUGCUGGGCCUGAGACGCGCAGAGGACCACGGCUGUGCUCUUGGUCUGGUGAGGGGCUUGCCGGUGCCCCCACUCCCCACUUCGAGCCGUGUGGGACUCUGCGCCCUGGACGCCCCCCUUACACAGGGCUGUGCGUCUGGAUUCUUGCAGAUGCUCAGAGCCCAAGCACUGAUUAGGAGCUCCCCUUUUUUUAAGUUAAUUCAUUUUGCACAAAACUCCAAAACAACCAAAAUGUGUAAAUUGCUGGUUCCAAAAGGGGGGUGGCCAAGUGGGCAGGGCAGUACUUGAAGCCCUGAGUCCCUUUUCUGUCCAGGGAAGGCCUUGGUGUUCCAUGGCGCACCUUUCCAGACUGCUUUCUGUCCGUUUCCCUAAUGUCACUUUGCCUUUCCUCCCUGCCAAGCAAGUGUGUUGGCCCCGUGACCCCAGAAAUGCGUGAGUGCUCCCAGGCCCUAGGGCGUAUCUAUUGUACACACGUAUAAAUACCUGUGUUUUAUGUUGAUAUAGAUAUAUACUGUAAAUAGCAUAUAUACUUGAGCAAUAUAUAUGUUAAUAUAUACUGUGUGGGCACACACGCGUGUGUGCGCGGUACGUGGACACAGACCCCGUGUGUAUGAGCGUGAGGGCCUCCCCCCACCAUGCACACAGGCACGUUUGAGCCACCAUAUAUUUUUAAUUCAAGUAUAUAGGCAAUACGAUUUUGAGAGAAACUGGCUGCCUCAGCCCUGACUUAAGAGAAAACAAAACCAGCAGCCCAGGAGCUGAGCCUGCAGUGGGGGUGUCGAGGGUCCCUCCCCGUCGCCCACAGUCUCCCUUGGAAACUGGAUUCAGCCCUUUCUGCACCCGUGUUUCCACAGCCAGGGCCCCUGACACCGUGUUUGGGGGAUGGUAGAACAGGGAGGAGGAGUUGGGGCCUCUUGCUUCUGGACAGCACAGCCCCCUCCCAGUGGCUCAGCCUGAAGACCCAGGGCAGCUGGGUGGUCACCCCCAGCUCUCCAGCCAGGCCCGCUCUGCUCACAUAGCUGUUUUCAUGCUGCCGGCUUACCUGACUUUUCACCUGCAAGCUUAGAAACCUCAGGUUCUUUUCCCAGGUCUCCUGGGUGCUGGCCCCACCUACCUGAAAAAGGAUGCAUGUAUGCCCUUGAUGUGUCCAGGCAGGGCUUGGGACAAGGCGGGAGCGGGCCCCCAGAAAACCCCUCUCUUUAUUUUCGCAGUCCCCGUCCUGCUGUGUGAAGAGGCCCCCAGAGGCGAGGCGCGUCCUCUCGGGUGCCUGUGCGUGUCUGGCGGUGCCUGUGAGUGGCCGUCGCUGGUUUGGUCUCCACAGCACUUUGGGGGAAAGAGUGGCCAGCUGACUCCUGCUGUCUGCAGGUUUGCCGAGUGUGGGGUCUGCAGACCUCAGGCUCCAUUUGGAUGGAUCAUGUGCUGCUCAGACCCACCAGAGAGGUGGCCUGAGGAAUGUGCGCUGUUGGGGCCAAGGAUUUCUUAUCUCUGGCUGGUAGGGCAUGCAGCCGGGGGGGGGGAGGAAAACUGGGUGUCUGGGCAAGGCUGCCGAGAGGCGGGUGAGCAGGCCAGACCCUGUGUCUUUGCCUCUGCCACUCCCUGAGGAGAAGGUGAAACCAUCUAAACGCCACCGUGGCCCCUUGUCCACGCCACCCCUGUACACUGCAGAGUGGGGUGAGCUCAAGGAGGGGAGAGUGAAGGAGGGCACGCCGUGGCCACCCCGUUCUCCUUGCCCCAGUGGGGAAAACCUGCCUCUGUUCCAUGCUCAGCCUGGGCUCCCCUGGUUCACAGGGAACCCUUAGCCCCUUUAGCCCCUCGUCCUCACCCAGCAAGCAUGGGCAGUGCCAGCUUUACACCUCUUUCCCCAGGGGUCUCCAGAGCCCCACAAGAGGUGCUGCCCACGCCACUGCCCUCAACCCAGAGCACACACCCAAGCUGGAGAGGCACGUAGACCUCCUGCCCCAAGAUUCAGGGGGGUCAGGAGUCCCCCUCCCCCGAGCACCAGCACUCUCCCCCUGCCACCACCUCCAGGCCACAGGCCCCCGGUGGGCAGGGAGGGGACCAGGUAACCCAGAGCUGCCCACUGGCCUCCCCUGGCAGGCAGUCUGGCCUUAGGGCCCAGUGUGGACCCCAGAAGAAGAUGUGUUGUCUGAUGGGGCUUGUCUCUGAGAGGACAGAAUGCCAGGGAGGUCUGGGUCACAGGCUCUAGGAACUGGAAAGGGCCAGGCCUGUUUCAAGCAAAAGGCAGCAUUUGCCUGAUAAUCAAAGAUGAAGCUGCCCGCCCACCACCAGCCCCUCCCGGCCACAGUUCCUCUCCUGGGCAGAUCUCUUAGGAGCCCACAGCUACCCUGGGCCACUUUCCUGAACCUCUGGAUCUGGAUUUGGGGACAACUAGGGCGCUUGCCAGCCCCUGCUAAGAGGGGACCUUGGGGAUCCCCCAGGUGACAGCAGAGCACUUCAGCCCUGUGACAGAAUUGUUGAUGCCACUUCCUGAGUUGAGCACUGGGUGCAGGUUAGGAAGAAAACCCCCAUCACGGUGCCCACUGUAAGUCAGGGCCGGGGCGUGACCAGUCCCUGCUGUCACAGCCCCUGAGACGUGGAGGUGGUGGUUGGCUGGAAAGAAGCGCAGGGGUGGAGGAUUGUCUCCGGCGGCGGAAAGACUGGCUUUUCAGGUUUCCUAGCUACUGUGCUGAAGAAGGGGUUAGGCCUGGAGCCGGCUGUAGCCCUCCAUUCAAAGAGGCCGCCUGGGAGGGCAGCCAACUAAGAUGGCCCACAGUGCUCGGCCCCUUGGAGGGCAGGCGGGAAGAGAAGCCGGGGUGUGGUGAGGGCAGGUGAGCCCCGGUAUGGCUAGGUACUUUUCUGACAUCUCAGAGACCACCCCAGCUUUUUUCUUUCUUUUUCAAAUUAGAGGCACCAAAAGGACAAGCUGAAUUCUCUCUCGUCCCCUUUGCAUAGAAUGUGGGAGAAGCCGCAGGAUGGGCUGUGGCCUUCCGCUGUGAUACUCUCUCACUCCUGUGAAGCCUGCUCUCGGGAGAGGAAAGGAAGGAGCUGUUGGCUUGAGGCAGCCGGUUUUCCUUGGGGCUGAUGGCAGCAGGAGUGGCCUGGAGUAGAGGCAGAAGCCGGCAGCCUGGCCCAUGGCACCCAUGGGCCGCCUGGUGAUACGGGAGUUUGUGGCUCUCGAUUCCAGGGCAGGGGAGGCUGUGGGAGUCUGACAUGCAGGGCAGCCACUGCCCUGGGAGUCAGCACCUGUGCUGUGCGUGGCCACACGUUUGUACAUACACACGAUGUGUGGGUGUUGCUGUGUCAUACACGUUAGGGUGUAAGAGCACACGUGUGCAGAGUCCAAAUCUGAGCUACGGGUUUGGCUCCCUCGGUAUUUUGAGGCCUCCCUCGCAUUCUGACCCAUGGGCCACAUGCGGAGGUGAGGGGGCAGGCCCCGCACGUAGGCUCUGGGUCCGGGGUGGGGAGUGGGGCCACCCACGGGACUGCCCUAGCCCACUUGACUUUGUUAAAACUGCUGUGUGGUGGGGGCAGAGAGAUCCCGGCAGGGGCUCUGUCCACAUAGCCAGCCUGAAGGGCUAGCCUGCUGAACCGACUCCAGAAGCAUCUAGCCCUGAAGUCAGUGUUCACAGGGAGAGGCUACUGGUGCCAGAGUCCCUCACCCACUGGGGCUCCUCCAGGAAGAACGUCCAGCAAAAUUGGAAGCUGGGUCAGGGGAGGGCAAAGAUGAAAACCAGGCCAUAUUCAGGUCCCAAGACAGAGCUCAAUGUGUUUCUGUCCACUGCCUCAGUUUAUCCAUUCAGAAAAUGAUUGAGAAAGAACUGAGCAGGGUUGGCUGCAAAACUGGGGUGGGAGGGGCACCUAACAGAAAAUCCCAAGCCCUCCUCUUGCUCUAUGCCAAAAUCAUUUCCGUUAUCCGAGAUGGGGGUGAGUGGAUGUUGGAUGCACAGGGUGGUUCUGAGGGGCCCCUGCCCUGCCCAGGGCCUCACCUUGGGGAGUCGAGCCCUCACCUGGCAUGCCCCAGGUCACCAGCAGUAGCAGUGGCACCUACAUCUGUCCCAAGGUCUGAGUGAGGGGAGAACGGGGCAGCCCUACACCCGGGCCCCUCACACUUACUUUGUUAAAGAAACACAAAACCCUCGAGAUUCAUGUACUGUAUGAUGGAGAGAAAAAGUACCUAAUGUUCCCCCAAAAAGACAGUAUAUUUUGUACUUUGUAAAGUGUUCAUUAAAAUGGAGAAAAAAGUGA